AUGCUUAAAGAAAAAAAUGAAAGAAUCAAAGAAUUAGAAGAAGAAAACAAAAAAAUUAAAAAACUGGAAGAAGAAAAUGAAAAAAUCAAAGAACUCGUUAAAAAACUCGAAAAAGAAAAUGAAGAACUCAGAAAAA